UAAUUCGCUAAAUAUAUUUGGCAAGUGCUCAAAGCAAGUUAUAAAAAAAUGCAGCCGAACACUUUAAUUAGCCUAAGCAUUUUGCUGUUGGCUUCUCUACUAAACGGGGUCCAGGGCGACGACGAUAAGAUACCCGCCACAGAAGUCAAACGCUGUUCGGGCAACAAGCCUUUUCCGUUGGAGGUGCGAGUUAGCGGCUGUGUGGUGCCACCAUGUGAUGUAAUCAAAGGGACUGUUCAGACCUUUGAGAUUGAUUUUGCUGUGGACAAGUAUAUUACGAGUGCUACGGCUCUGGUAAAGGCCACUACGCUGGGUAUCAUAACGGUGCCCUAUGAGCUGCCAGAGGAUGUGGCCGCCGUCUGUCCGAAUCUAAUGUAUGGCGCCUACUGUCCACUAUAUCCCACGGAGGAUGUUACCUAUAAAUUUGAGUUCCCGAUUGGUGAAUAUCCCGAAAUUGGUGUCAAAAUUGAGAUCAAUCUGGUGGAUCAGGAUCGCGAUAUAGCCACCUGUUUUGUGUGUGAUAUCAAAGUGAAGAAGGGCUCUGCAGGCUCUCAGGUCUACGAACUGAACUACCUUAACUAAGAAACAACACCAUGUUCAACUCAUUUAUAUAUUGGCAUAAUAUACUGUGAUACAUACAAGUUUUUUUUUCAAUAAUUUAAAAAAUAAAAUACCAAUGCUUAAAAAUGUAA